GGGGGCCCAUUAUCAAUACGCAUUACAGGAAGAACUACCGAGGGAUUGCUAUGAUUAUGGAAGUACCGAAAAUCUUGAAGUUCUAUUUCUAGACUCUAACCGAUUCCCGAAAUUGUUUACAGCCAUCAAUCGGGAAUGGCAAAGACAAGGAGUACGACUAGAAACCAGAAUCAUGAUGAUUCAUCUAGCAGGAAGAAAAGGUUCAAUACUUGUGACAAUCAUGGUGUGUCACAUUGGUCAGAACUUAGCCAUGAUAUGCUUUUUUUAGUUACAAUGCAAUUGGGAAUCUUUGAUUUUGUUUCAUUCAGUGGAGUUUGUAAGUCAUGGAGGUCAUUUGCACUUUGUAACAUGAAAAGGUUUAUGGCAUUGAAACCACCCAUGUUGAUGUGGAUCUCUAAUGAUGCAAAUAUGAAAGAGUGCUACUUCUACCUAAAGGAUUUUAAAGGAGGAAAGCGCAAAACCCUACUUCCCCAUUCCACUGACACUAAAUGUAUCGGAUUAACUUGUGGUUACUUGGUGAUGUUAUCUUUGAAAACCAACGAUUACUGGCUUGUGAAUCCUAUCACGAAGCAUGAACUUCAUUUCCCUGUUGUCCCCUGUUCGCCAAAUCUUAAUCCAUUCAGAGCUAUCCUGAUCUUUUCACCUUCCCUAUCUGGGUGGUUGUUUGUUCUUAUUCAGAGAUUCUCCCGUCUAAUAUGGUUUUCAAUAGUUGGUACAGAUGCAUGGAAUCAUGUCUCCUGUGCUAUCCCCAUUAUUGAUUUACAUGUUUUCCAAGGUAAGAUGUAUACCCUAAACAAGUGGUGGGGUUUGUGUGAAAUGAGACUUGGUCCAGAGCCCAAAUUGACAUUACUUGAAAUCAAGAGUUUUCCAAAGAGACACUUCAUCUAUCCGUUGCUUGUAAGCUCGGAUGAAAACCUUUAUGUGGUGGAUGGUUAUAGUUUAAAAGUUCCGUUUGAGGAAAUGGAUUUUCGUGAAAUGAAAUGGGUGUCACUAAAAGAAAAGACAACAGAAAAAUAUGCUUUCUUUUGUAGCGAUAUGGCGUAUGGGACUGAUAUAAUACCAGAGUCAUGGGCUGACUCUCUGUCACAAUACAAAAGAUAUGAGAUCUUUCAUAACAUUACUGAGAAAUGUCAAAAAGGCAGGUUCUUUUCUUCAAGCAUGUGGUACUUCCCUCGUGAUUGUUUGAAUAUUAAUCUUUGUUCGUGAGCGAUAGACAUCUUGCAACUUAUUGUUUAAAUACUUUGCGUUCUUGCUCACCCUUUUGUUUCAUGUGGGCACACCUAUCAUUUAUAUCUCCAUUUGAUGUGUGUGAAACGGUUGAUUAAAAACUUGCAAAAUUUAAAUUUUAGAUUGCAACUCUUCUAAUUAAUAUAUAUAAAAAAAACAUAUUAGUAGUCCUAUUUUAGUUCCCUUCAAUGUAUUGUGAUUUGUGAGCUUAUUCAACUGAUG